CAUAUAUAUACCCGUUAAUAUCCUUCCGACGUGUUUAUUAAGCUGCAACCCAUCGUAAAUUUUCCAUCAUUGCUCUCAUUGUGGGAAAAGCAUAAUAAAGAAGCUGUGAAGCAGCCAGUUUUCCUUGUAGACUAUUUGUAGUGUGGAUACCAGAGAUUCUGCUCUGGGGUUAAAUCCAUGGAUUGCGGGAACCAAAUGAUCGUCUUGUAUCUGACGCUGCUGGCCGUGCUCUUCCGUGUCCCGUGCAACGAAGCGUGCGCCCGUUCCCCACGCUACCGCAACGAAGUGUACUGCCCCGAAAACAACGCGCUGGGAGGUGGAGAAUGUGUGAUCGAGUACUUUGCCCAACCUGCAAGUCGCACCCCCGUCAUCGAAGCGAGCGUAAUGGAGGGCUGUCCGCUGGAGUUGCGUGCGGAUUUCUCCACUAGUCCGAGAAAAGAGCUGCCGUACAGUCUCGUCCACGAAGAUAACCGGGCCGGGCAGCGGCUGUACCGGAUGUGGCGUAGUCGUCCGCACCAGCCCUACACCUGGACGCGGGACGGGCGCGUUUUCUCUGAAUAUAACCAGGCCGAGCGUCGCGUGUUCGAAUUCCUGGGAGAUCGACUGAAAAUACGCUGGGCGACGCGCGACGACGAGGGUACCUAUAUGUGCGCAUUUUAUCCUCAACUAUCGCGCCCUGUCAUGGACCCAUCCGUGAGCUAUGUAGGGCUUACCUUUGGAGCCGCCGUUCGCGUGAAGGUUCUGCCCAGAUCCAGUGACUGGUGCAGCGUCCCACAUUCCACAACAACGCCAGCGCCGCGCCGGCUGUCGACAACUCAAGCAACUAGCAGCACAUCGUCCCGCAUCACCACUUCAUCAACCGCCACUACUGUGUUGACCACCGGCUCCUUGCUGACCACUGUAUUUCAGCUUUUGCGCACAACGCACUCGCCUGGCCCGGUGUCGACACAAUCCUUCUUGCCAGUGAAUCGCAGCGGAAUUCAGUCAAUGAAUCAUCCUGCCGUAGUCACCAUUCCAGCCAGAGCGCUACCUAGCACCUUUUCCCCAAAUUCUUGGCAGCGGGAAGUAAACGCUACCGCCGCGCUAACGACAGUUGUGACGGCCUUGGUGGGAAAUUCGACAUCAGUAGUCCGCACUGCCUCCUCAUCACCGUCGACCAUUUUACACGGGCCGCCGAAGCCAGUAACCAAUUCUACCGCAGUCGAUCGAGGUUCACACAUUGCCGACACUUUUCUUUGGUCAGACUACAACCGUCUGAAUUCCACGGCGGUCAAUUUGACAUCAGAUGCAGGACCUAUGCUCCCUUCGGCGAUGAUGGCGGACCAUGCGGAUACCGGUACACCGCUGCCCAUUGUUUCCUGCCCAAACACAUCAAUCUCCACGGCCAACACGGCAGCAGUUGCAGAGACAGUUAAUAGCAGUUCACUCUCUCCAACGACAGAUGAAAAGCAGCCAGACUUUAGUCACUCCUACCCGGGCACUGUUACCGAUUCACCGCUAUCAUCAACAUCCGCGGCGGACCUGAUGGCGACCAUUGCGCCGGCUAUGCCGACGACAGAUGCAGAGGAAACGGAGGAGGUUACCGAGUUCGACUGGGUGCCGUCGGAUCAGCGCCGCCACACCAUGUAUCCGCCCGAGUGUCCGGCCUGCACCGGCAACUGUCCCUGUCCGCCGUCCAAGCGCAAACGCAAGCAUCUAUGAACCGCUACAGUUACUACGAGGCCUUGUGUGUUGUUAAGCAUAUACUGGCUUCAAAUGGAAUCCGUGCAAGAGCCGUUCUCAGUAAUUAUGGGUGACGACCGAAAUAUUACACGCAAAGCUCCCGAUGCCAAUGAGCUUUUGUCAGCUGUGCUAACCGAAAUGUGUGGCCAGUAUAAUGAUUUACUGUACAGAUAUAUGUUAAUCAACAUUAAAAUUUGUCGGCAUUUCCUGUCACUGUACC